AUUUGGAGAUAAAACCCACAACCACAAGCAAUAUAAUCACACACAUACCGAGCUACCUGAUACACAAUAAUAUAUCAAGUCAAUAUUAACACAGGAAAAAUUAGUGAUCAGAGAGUGAAAUUGAAGUGAUGAUGAUGAGUAGUUCAAUGCUGUAUCCAGCUCUUCUCCUCGCCCUCCUUACCAUCUUCCUGGUCAAGUUACUAUUAUUCCCAAAAAACAAAUUUAAUGGCAAACUUCCGCCAAGUCCAGCGCAGUCCCUCCCGAUCCUAGGCCAUCUCCACCUCCUGAAGACCCCAAUCCACCGCACUCACCAGAAGCUGGCGGAGAAGGUGGGCCCCAUCUUCUCCCUCCGCCUCGGCCACCGCCGCCUCAUGGUGGUCGUCUCCUCUCCGGAGCUCGUGGAGGAGUGCUUCGUCAGAAACGACGUCGUCCUAGCCAAUCGCCCACAUCUCGUGUUUAACAAAUACAUGGGCUACAACCACACCACCUUAGUCGACUCCUCCUACGGCGACCACUGGCGGAACCUCCGCCGCCUCACCACCGUCGAGGUAUUGUCCGGCACGCGACUCAACUCUUUCAACUCAAUACGGCACGACGAGAUCAGGCUCCUUCUGCAGAAGCUCUACGGGACCUCUGCUUCCGGUUUCGCGAGGGUCGCCCUAAGAUCCUGCCUUUCCGAGCUCACUUUCAAUAACAUCAUGAGGAUGGUGGCCGGAAAGAGGUACUUUGGAGAGGGUGAUGAGGAGGCCACAGAGUUCCGGGAGAUGAUAGAAGAGGUUUUCAGCUACGGCGAGGUGUCCAACCCGGCUGACUUUAUCCCCGUGCUCAGGUGGAUCGAUUACAAGGGAUUCGAUAAGAAAUUGGGCAAGGUCAGCCGCAAGAUGGACGCCAUUUUGCAGCGCUUGAUUGACGAGCAACGGCAGAGGAGCAAAGUUAAUGGCGGCAACACCAUGAUCGACCACAUGCUUUCCCUGCAGGACAAGGAGCCUCAGUACUACAACGACACCAUCAUUAAAGGCAUUAUUUCGGAUAUGCUUCUAGCCGGGACCGACACCUCAGCUGUGACCGUAGAAUGGGCCAUGUCAGCUCUGCUAAACAACCCCGAAAAACUCCAAAAGGCCAGAAUCGAGAUCGACAACCUCGUGGGCAAAGAUCGCUUGAUCAACGAGUCCGAUGUCCCCAAACUCCAUUACCUUCAACACAUUAUCUCCGAGACCUUCCGAUUGUUCCCAGCAGCGCCGUUGCUUGUACCACACGAAGCAUCGGCUGAUUGUACCAUUGGUGGCUACCACAUACCACGUGGCACCAUCAUGAUGGCCAACGCGUGGGCCAUCCACAGGGACCCCAAGAUUUGGGAUGACCCCACCAGCUUCAUUCCCGAGCGUUUCGAAGCAGCAGAGGUUGGGCCCACCAAGCUCAUGCCUUUUGGGCUGGGAAGGAGGUCCUGCCCGGGGAUGGGCUUGGCCCAACGUGUCGUGGGCUUGACCCUUGCCUCUCUCAUUCAGGGCUUCGACUGGCAAAGGGUUGACGAGGCCUUGGUCGAUUUGACCGAAGGGACUGGGUUAUCAAUGCCCAAACUCCAACCGCUCGAGGCCAUGUGCAGGGCACGUGAUGUGCUUCAUAAUGUUUUUGGUGGGGUUGAGAUCAUAGAAUCAACCAUGCAAAUCAUCUGGCUCUAUCCAUCCCUUACUCUCCUCUUCAUCCUCCUAAUCUCCCUCAAAUCACUCUCCCUCAGGUCCAAAAACCUCAAACUCCCGCCAAGCCCGGCCCGCGCCCUCCCUAUCUUCGGCCACCUCCACCUCCUCAAGCCCCCCAUCCACCGAACCUUCCAGCACCUAGCCGAGCAAGUGGGCCCCAUCUUCUCCCUCCGCCUCGUCAACCGCCUCGUGGUCGUCGUCUCCUCCCCUGACCUCGUCCAUGAAUGCUUCACCGAAAAAGACGUCGUCCUUGCCGACCGUCCCCGUCUCAUCUCCGGCGAGUACCUCGGCUACAACUACACCACCCUCGUCGGCGCCUCCUACGGCGAUCACUGGCGGAACCUCCGGCGGCUCGCCACCGUCGAGGUCUUCUCCGCCGCGCGGCUCAACUCGUUCGAGUCCGUCCGCCUCGACGAGGUCCGCCUCCUAAUCCAGAAGCUCCACCGGGCCUCGUCUGCGGGCUUUGCGAGGGUCGGGCUCAGGCCCAAUCUCUCGGAGGCGACGUUCAACGUCAUCAUGAGGAUGGUUAUGCUACUCGCCGGGACAGACACGACAUCAGUGACGAUAGAGUGGGCCAUGUCCGUCCUACUUAACAACCCGGAAAAACUUCAAAAGGCCAAAAUCGAGAUCGACAAUUUCGUCGGGAAAGACCGACUGAUCAACGAGUCGGAUGUGUCCAAACUACCUUAUCUUCAACACAUUAUCUCGGAGAACUUCCGAUUGUUCCCGGCAGCGCCAUUGCUCAUACCGCACGAAGCAUCGAGUGAUUGUACCAUCGGAGGGUACGACAUACCACGUGGGACGAUCCUGAUGGUCAACGCGUGGGCCAUCCACAGGGACCCCAAGAUUUGGGAUGACCCAACCAGCUUCAUUCCGGAGCGUUUCGAAGCUGGAGAGGUUGGGCCGACAAAGCUGAUGCCGUUUGGGAUGGGAAGGAGGUCCUGCCCGGGAAUGGGCCUGGCCCAUCGUGUCGUGGGCUUAACCUUGGGGUCUCUGAUUCAGGGCUUUGAGUGGCAGAGGACUGAUGAGGACUUGGUCGAUUUGGCGGAAGGGACUGGGACAUCGAUGUCCAAACUGAUACCGCUGGAGGCCAUGUGCAAAGCACGCGACGUUCUUCAGAAUGUCUUUCAUGGGCAAGCGUGAAAAUUUGAUUCCACUCUGCUGCUGCAGUUUGAUGGGUUGCAAUUGUGUGUUUAUUAUAUGCGUAUACAGAAUAGUGUGAAAUGUUCUCUGAAAAAUAAAACAGUAUCAAAUAAAAAAUCCCGAUGAAUUUUAUCGGUGGGCAAAUGCAAAAUUAUGGAAUUACGUACUUGAUUAGUUGCACACUGAUCACAUUACUUU